AUAACCCUUCGUGAACUUUUUGCUUCGGACAGAGACCGUUCAUAGACGGAUACUGGUAUAAUCUUGAUACGGACAAGGUCUGCCAGUCUGUUUCCCCUGGAAGCCAGUUUGCCUUUCUCCUCGAUUUAAGUGUGUUUAUAUCCGAGGAAAGAACUAGCGGCGAUUUGAGACACAUCUUCAGGUUCUGUGAGCAAAGAUGGCGGAAAGACAGUACAGUUAUCAGACGGGACAGAAGAACUCGUUUCAUUGGCUGGAUUUUGUCAUUUUCUGUGGAACGCUGCUCUUUUCCGCCGGAAUAGGCAUAUUUUACGCCAUUAAAGAUCGGCGUAAGAAAAGCGUGAAGGACUUCUUACUAGCUGGUGGCAACAUGCACGUUGUUCCCGUCGGGAUGUCGUUGCUGGCCAGCUUCAUGUCGGCUAUUACGUUGCUGGGAACGCCGGCGGAGAUGUACAACUACACGACGGUGUAUAUAUGGAUUGGGUUCGGUUACUUCCUGGCUAUCGGGAUGUCCGCGCACAUAUAUGUUCCCGUGUUCUACAACCUUGGAGUGACAAGCGCCUAUGAGUAUCUGGAGAAGCGGUUCAGCAGGGGAGUCCGCACUGCUGGCACCAUCAUCUUCUGUACGCAGACGAUUAUCUACAUGGCGAUAGUGCUGUACGGCCCAUCCCUUGCCCUGAACGCAGUAACUGGCCUGUCUCUGUGGGGAGCCGUGGCCGCUGUGGGGAUUGUCUGUACGUUUUACACAGCUAUUGGUGGGAUGAAGGCGGUGUUGUGGACGGACACGUUCCAGAUCUUCAUGAUGCUGGCGGGGAUAGCAGCCGCCCUAAUUCAGGGCUGUAUAGAGAUCGGCGGCUUCAGCAAUGCCUGGGAUAUUGCCGAGAAAAACCACAGAGUCUACUUCACAGAUUUCAGCCCUAACCCGGCUGUCCGCCAUAGCUUCUGGUCUCUCACAAUUGGUGCAGGGUUCCUGUGGGCUUCCGUAUAUGGAACCAACCAAGCUCAGGUCCAGAGAGCGCUCACGUGUUCUUCUUUGAAGGAUGCCCAGAUCGCCCUCUGGAUCAACGCCCCCGGCCUCUGCGUCAUCCUCAUGCUCUGCAGCAUGGUCGGCAUCGUUAUGUAUGCGUUCUAUGCAACAUGUGAUCCAAUCAGCUUCGGUCUUGUAUUCGCCUCUGACCAGCUGUUCCCGCUGUUUGUCAUGGAUGUGCUGGGCCAUGUGCCAGGGAUACCGGGCCUGUUUGUUGCCUCAAUCUUCAGUGGCGCUCUCAGCACGAUAUCGUCUGGACUUAACUCUAUGGCGGCUGUGACCCUCCAGGAUAUACUCAAACCCUAUUUUCUAAAAGGAAUCAGCGAGAGCAGAGCCACCAAUAUCUCCAAGAUCAUAGCUGUUGUGUUUGGUAUCAUCUGCCUCGGACUUACGUGGGUCGCCUCCAAACUCGGCGAUAUUCUACAGGCGGCGUUGUCUCUGUUUGGAAUGCUGGGAGCGCCCAUGCUUGGACUCUUCACGUUGGGCAUGCUGUUUCCAUGGGCAAAUAAAUGGGGAGCAUAUUCCGGCCUUUUCAUCAGCCUCUUUAUGAUGUUCUGGAUCGGUAUUGGCUCCCACGUUGCUCAGCUACCAAAGAAUAGGAGUCCAAUCAGUAUUUCGGGAUGCAAUUGGAACAUAACGUCGACAAGUAUGUACACCUCCCCCGGAUAUGACGUCAACGCCACACUGUCAACGUUGGCCUCGCUCAACAUCACAACGCCACCCAGUGUCUUUAACGGAACGGAACCAGCGGAGGACUGGAACCCCCUUAACAGCCUGUACGGCCUGUCAUACCUGUGGUACAGUUUCACUGCUGUGCUGAUAGUUCUGGGGGUUGGGCUACCUGUCAGCUUCUUCACAGGUUUUGAGGACAUCGAGAAGAUGGACCCUCGUCUCAUCUGUCCCCUGUUUGAUGUCGUCUGCUGCUGUCUGCCCUCCAAGUGGAGAGAGGCGUGUCGAUGCGGGCUUAAACACCAACAGGAAGCUGACAGGCCAGGACACGGAAGAGAGUCCAUUGAUGAGAAGACGGCCACUGAGUUAGCCGCGUUUAUAGAGAGAGACAUUGAGAUAAACGUGAGGCCUCCUGGAUCUAUAGACGACGUCAUGUCUUAGAGGUUGACGCAUUGGUGACGAGUUUAAGUCUAGUUUUUGUGUUAAACUCCAGGGACUGGUUUUUUGACCAGCUGACAUGCUGCAGUGCAUGGACAGAGUUUAUGGCUAGUUUAUGGACAGGGUUUAUGACUAGUUUAUGUACUACAUCUCAGGGACUGGGUUUAUGUUGUUACGUGUCGACUUCCAAUUUGAAACAAUAAGUUUCCAGAAAUCCAGAAGAAUUCAGUGUCAAACCAACGAACAAAAAAGACUUGGCUUACAAUCAACAUUUGUAUUAUAUGAUGAACUAGGUUAAUAAAGUAAUACAAAUUACUGCAAAGUAAUUACAAUGGCUGUACAUAAUAGAAUGCCUUACAAAUUUUAAAGGCAGUAUAAAAUACAAUAGCAGUGGUUAUUGUAAUAAAGGUAAGGAUAAUAAUAUUCACCGAGCAGCAACAGUGAUAAGCUGGAAAGAUCCAGGGUGAAAACAUUGAUCUUCACACAACCGCUGGUUUGAUGUAAUGUGAGAUGAAAUGUGAGAUCAGAGAGGCAGGUACUUGGCUCCUUAUAUAGUCCAAAUACAUGUACAGGUUUUCUGUUCAGUGAUGGACUAAUACAGCUGUUCCGGAAGAUUCUAGGUUACGCCCCAAUGACAUCUUAAUAUAGUAACUUCCACACAACUGCUUACAUUAGAUAGCAAUAUAUUCAUGACAACUUAUCAUGGUCAAAACAGAAUGCUCUGAACUUCUACUGAAUCUCAGCAGAAACAUUAUGUUACAGUUGCAAUAUUGUUUAGUGAGUGAGUGAGUUACUAUUUAACGUCACAUCGGCAAUAUAUCAGCCAAAUCGGGAAGACAAUAUUGUUUAGAAAUAAAUUAGCUGACAUGCUACACUUCAGGGACUUGGUGUAUGACUAGUUGACUCGCCACACUUCAUGAUCAAUCUCAUUAAAAUCAGAUGUUUGUGCUCGCUACCACAACAUAUAGAUUUAAUGGCAUCCCGUAUCAGGUCAUGACCCAUCGACCAUUCUCGAACUUUGACUGACCAUUGAAAUGACUAACAGGAAGUUGACAUUAACCAAUCAGAAAGCAGUUUUCUCGAGCCAUACGGCACUAGGUUCAAACUCAGGACUUUAAUUCCAGACUACGCUUUGAACAAUAUUUUGACAAAUUCUCGAAUCACAAUUUGAAAACUGAACAAAUAAACAUUCUAAAAUGUCCAAGAUUUAAUACAUGGCCAAUUUUGUAUGACAAUACUUCCCAUGGGCUAUGCAAAGUCUCUUCCGUUCAAACGUUUGUCCCAUUGAAGCGAGAGAUAAAGGUUGAUUUUGAUGGAAUCAGUCGUCCAGGCCAUAAAUGUCGUUCGGAAUACUCCAGGUUGAAUGAUUAGAAAACACAUUCCGACUAUCACUUUUUCUUGAUCUGCUGAGCGAUGUUCUGAUUGGUCGGAUGAAAGGUCGUUCUGACGUGACCCGUAAUGGGAUGUCGAGAGAUCUUUGUUUAGCGGUAGCGAGAACUAAGAUCUGAAUAUUAUGAGAUUGAGUUCAUAACUAUCUGACGCGUCACACUUCAGGGACUGGGUUUAUGAAUAAGUGACGUGCUACAUCUCAGGGACUGGUUUUAUGACUAGUUAACGCGCGGAAAUUUCAGGGACUGGGUUUAUGAAUAAGUGACGUGAUGCAUCUCAGGGACUGGUUUUAUGGCUAGUUGAUAUGCCACACUUAAGGGACUGGGUUAAUGCCUGAUUGUAGCUAAUUAUUUGAGUAAACGUCUUUAUAUAUAUGUGGAGAAUACAAAUCUGCCUAUGCUUAACAUAUGUUAUAACUCUAUGACAGAUACAAUCUUCAUUAAAAAAAAUACUUAAUAUUGUAUCCUCAAAACAAAGACAUAACAGAUGAAUUAUUCGGAGUCAGAAUAAACUGAAGGUGACAUGCGCAGUCCUUGUUACUGGUUCAUGUUUAUUUGAAUAAUGAUACUGUUUACUUAAGAUAGGAAUUUAUAUAUAUUCAAAAGUUGUAGAUUUAUGUUAAGAAUAUAUGGAGGAUAUGUGUCUUUUCUUUUUAAAUAACAUAUUUAGCACAUCAAGUGACCUGCAAAGUCGAUAUGUUGUGGGGCAGCCACCUGUGAAAUUGUCAACUUUGCAGAUCACGAAAUUAAAUACACAUGUUGUUUUAUAAACAGGCAAAUGUUCCAUUGAUAAUGUAUUUUCUUGCACGAUUUCCAUGAUGUUACGCUGAUCGUGUUAUUUCACUCGACUAAAUCAAUGUUAUACUUUGGGAUAAAGAGUGUAUUUCGUCACUAAUGCACCCUAAAAACAAUAUUGUCUGUAUAAACAGGAGUCAGUGAGUAUGGGUGUAUGCCGCUUUUAGCAAUAUUCCAGCAAUAUCACGGCAGGGGACACCAGAAAUGGGCUUCAAACAGUGUACCCAUGUUAGCAAUUGACGAGCGAACGCAUAAACUACUAGACUACCCAACCGCCUUCGUAAUUUAGGAACAUAGUAUUAAUAUUCAGUAUAUUUAGCUUACUUUAAACUUCAAACACAUAUAGUUAAUAUUGGAAGAUCCCAAGUACGGUAGGCUUUACAGCAAGUGAUUUACUUGUUCAUUAUAUAUAAAUAAAUCAUUCUGCCCCACGUAGGUGGUAAUACGUAAAGGAUUUGUAAGAAUUUAGCUGUCGCUGCCGAAACAAACCACGCGGUGCUUGGACUUCUCAGAGAUAACAUACCAAUUAUUUCUCCUUUAUAACCAACCCUAGGGAUCAAGUCUUUCCUCGAGGUCAUAGCCUGAAGAUAAACCCGCUUAAACGAAAAUGCUUGAAUCCAGGUCAAUAAAACUUGGUACGCGCCUUCCUUCAACAGACCCACCUACACUUUUACUCAGAAGAACCAUAAAGGUCAUACACUCACGAAAAUGUUCAUGAUGACUCAAUAAGUGUUUACUGUACUUCUUCCGACAUGUGUUAUCCCAGAACGAACGUGAAGUCAUUAAACCGGCAUGGCAUAUAACUUCCUUCUGUUGAUAGAUGAAAUGGGACAUGGGACAUUCUGUUUAAAAUGCUUUUUAGACCACAAAUUAUGUCAUCCGAGGCAAGGCAAUGCAUCUGGUUUGAAGGUGCAGUAGGCAUGGUUCAUUGAAAUGCAUGAUGGUAUGGAAUGACUGGGUUCUUCUGUCAACAGUAGGGGGAGUUUCUGUUUUUGCAGGACAGAUUGUACUUCCAAAAGCUAUUCUGGUUUUGCUCAGGAUUUCUAUCCUGGUGUAUCAUGAUUAAGGAUAUGAUCAUGAUAAUUUGUUACGCACAACAUUAAACUAUGGACCAUUUCAUGAUGUAUGUAUACAAUAGCUCUUACGGUGGAACAAAACAAAACAAGUUUUAUAUUUACUCAUUUCUUAUCGGAAACGUCUGUUUUGAUUCAGUAUAUUAACACAUAUAUCAUAACAUUAAGCAUACUGAUGGUUGUUUUGACUGGUAAGUAUUCAAUGCAUUUUGCCCAUGUAUUCGUCAAGCAGCUUAUGAUGUAAUAAAAUAAAACCACAUUUUGUUCC